UCCCGGGGAAACGCGUUCUCUCUCUCUCUCUCCAUCCCCCUUCCCCCUUGGAAAGAUCUCUAUGAUCUGAGCGCUUGUGCGCGCUGCAACCCGGGGGGAGUGGCUGGAGUCCCCGGGUGUUUCCCUCCGUGUUGCGAGUCGCCUGCAUGGUGUGAACACUCCCUGGCGUGCUGGAGGAAGGUGACCAUGGAGAUCAGCGGCCUCCCGCUGGAGUUGUGGCGUUUGAUCUUGUCCUACAUGCGCCUUCCCGACCUCGGACGCUGCAGCUUGGUUUGCCGUGCUUGGCAUGAUCUGAUCCUCAGCCUGGACAACACUCGAUGGAGGCAGCUGUGUCUCGGCUGUGUCGAGUGCCGGCAUCCAAACUGGCCCAACCAGCCUGACGUCGAGCCCUGGUCGUGGCGGGAAGCCUUCAAGCAGCAUUACCUCGCUUCAAAAACCUGGACAAAAAACAGUCAGGACCUCGAGUCCUCCAACUGCUUCUAUGUGUUCCGGAGGAAAAAGGACAGGCGCGUGCUUUGCGUUGGACCCGGCUGUGAGUUUGACAACCUCAGGAGAGCCUUGCUUUCGGCCGGUGUUUAUGACAGGAUUGUCUUGCUGCCUGGGGUAUACGAAGAACAGAGCGAGAUCUUCCUCAAGGCCCCGGUGGAGAUCAUGGGGCGAGGGAAGCUCGGUGACGUGGCUCUUCUGGCCAGCUUCGACCAGCACUGCCCAACUAUGAGGCUGUGCAAUUUGGUAUUCAUGCCAGCCUGGUUCACACCUGUCAUCUAUAAGACAACUUCGGGCCACGUCCAGUUUGACAACUGCAACUUUGAGAGUGGACAGCUGCAGAUUCAUGCCCCAGGAACAUGCCAGGUGAAAUUCUGCACUUUCAACCAAUCCAGCAUCAAUUUCCACAGCGUAACCAUCUCCCUCCUUGAAAACUGUGAGUUUGUUGGGAAUGAGAAUGCUUCGGUGACAGUGGAAGGUUGUCCUUCUUUGGACAGGAACUGGGCCUGCAAGCACUUGACUACGUUGGCCAAGUCCCGUUCUGUUUUAUUACAAACAUCAGAGUCUCCACUUUGUAAUACAUCAAAGUUUGAAAUCCAAGGACAUCUACCAAUGGGGAAUAUGAGGACCUGUGAAGUUGUGGUCGGUGAGGAACCAGGUCACUUAUUUUCUGCCUCACAGACUGAAGUAGCGCUGAAGAGAACUUGCGAGAAGGAGAAUGACCUCUCUGGCAACUUUGCCAUGUUGCACAAAGAAGAAGCCAUGACCAUGGAUAUGGAUUCUAGUGACAGCGAACUGAGCAUGAGCAGUGAGAACGAGGAAGAGUCAGAGUCAACGUACCGACUUCCUUAUCAGGCCCACAGCCUGAGCCACCUGUUGGCCAAAGUGAUUCACGGCAGGCCGCAAGCUAAUGGGUUGGUGGACCUUCAGAAUGACUACGAGCUAAAAAGUCUGCCUCAGGAGAUGCAAAAAGACAAGGAGGUCCAGGCACUCGCCAAUUCGGUGCAAGGGUGCCUCAUUCGGAAGUGCCUUUUCAGAGAUGGAAAGGGUGGAGUCUUUGUCUGCUCUCAGGCGCAAGCCCGAGUGGAGGGGAGCAUCUUCAGGGACUUGACCUACGCUGUGCGAUGCAUACAAAACAGUAAGAUCACCAUGCUGAAGAAUGACAUUCACCACUGCAAGACCUCAGGGAUAUUUCUCCGGCUUGGUUCAGGAGGCUUGAUAGCAGACAAUGACAUUCAUUCCAACUGUGAAGCGGGCAUUGACAUUCGGAAAGGAGCCAACCCUCUGAUUCUGUGUAACAGAAUCCACAGUGGCCUUCGCUCUGGCAUCGUUGUCCUUGGCAACGGAAAAGGCAUCAUCCGUAGCAAUCAAAUAUAUGGCAAUAAGGAGGCUGGCAUUUACAUUCUGUACAACGGCAACCCUCUGGUGAGUGGGAACCACAUCUUUCAGGGACUCGCGGCGGGUAUUGCUGUGAAUGAAAACGGACGAGGCCAAAUAACAGAAAACGUCAUCCGGGAGAACCAAUGGGGAGGUGCUGAUAUCCGUCGGGGAGCUGACCCCGUCCUCAGAAGCAACCUGAUCUGCUGUGGAUAUUCAGAUGGCGUGGUAGUCGGAGAACGUGGGAAAGGGCUUAUUGAAGGAAACACCAUUUAUGGUAACAAGGGCUGCGGCGUCUGGAUAAUGUCCUCUAGCCUCCCUCACAUCACCAGUAACCAAAUUGGCCACAACAGCAUCUACGGGAUUGCAGUGUUUUGCCGAAAGGAUGACGCCAGCGACUAUCUUGCCAACCAAGGGGGAAACGAGAACUUCAACGACGAGGGAGAAGCUGCCAACUGGGAGAAUGAGCUGGAGAGCGAAGACGAGCGCCUGACUUCCCGGAGGCCCAUCAGUGUAGCACUGGUGGAGUCCAACAGCAUCAAUCACAAUGGGGCGGCUGGUUUAUAUGUCAAGAGCAGUGAGGCCCUGAACAUUAUAGGAAAUGCCAUCCAUGCCAACCGCGACUGUGGGGUCUCCGUCUCUCAGAGCUCCCAGCUGACCCGAAUAGCAAACAACAGCAUUUCUUGCAACAGCCUCGGUGGAGUCCUGGUGGAAGCAGAGUGCAGAGUGGAUCUUCGUGGCAAUGGCAUCUACGACAACAGCAGCCACGGUGUCACUUCCAAGGGUGACGGGAACAUCACUGAAAACGAUGUCCUAGGAAACAAGGGCUGCGGCCUGCGAUUGUUGCAGGCAGCUGACGUGAAGGUAAUCAGAAACAGAAUCCACUCCUUCCGAGGUUAUGGGAUUGAGGUGCUUGACCAGACCAAAGGCAUGGUGCAAGACAACGUGAUUUUCCAAGGGAAAGCCAAAAACGCCAUUUUGCAGCAGACGUACAGUGGAGACGGUUGCAUUGUUCAGAAUAAUAAGCUCAUUGCCUUUAAAAAGAAGUUCAACUCUGCUUGGACCUUGGAGAACCCUCCGGCACGCCCUCACAUAGAAGGAUCUUCCCGAGGCGUGUCAAUAGCUGGGAACAGUCAAAAAGUCACAAAUGUGACCUCCAGGAUAGCUGCUCGAAUGGACAGAGGUUGCCAUAACAACGGCAGCAUCUUCUGCACUAUUCUGUGACGCCUGUGCAUUACUUUCAGACUUUUCUUUAGCUCAGACACCAGCCUUGGAACACUUCCUUCGUCUGUUCAUAUCCAAAGCUCAGUUUAUUUAACUGCUGGCAGGAUGCCCGACCAAUGUGAGGAAGUGUUUUUGGAAUGGCGGCCAUAGCACAUGACUUUGCCCAGCCGUUGGUCUUUUCUGCAUCUUCUGCAACCUCAUCUCUUGGUCUCCUUCCUCUUGUCCCUUCUGCAGUAGCCCAUCCCAGGAGCUGUAUUUAUAAAGGAAAGCGGGGCGGGGGGGGGGGGGGGUGUGUGUCCAAUCUCCACCCCUCUAUGAAGCUUGCUAGGUACCUGUUCUGCAUUCUUGGCCUAACCUACCUCACAGGGUUGUUGUGACGUUAAAAUGGGGAAGGAAGAACCCUUGGAGGAAGGGCAGGGUAAAAUUAUAUUAGACAAACACAAACCACCAGUACCUGCCUUGGUCUCUUUGUAUACCUCUUCUUACUUGCUUUAGUUACUAGGCAUGGAGGUUUGCUUUUGUGGGGAUUGGGUUUACGGCUCUCCCAUCAUAAAAGCUCUGCAUUGUCUCUCAAAUAAAGGAAAUCAAUCCUGUUCCCCUGUUCAGUUUCUGGAGAGAAAAGGGCAAUUUGAGAUUCUCUGCUAAGUAAAAAAUUUAGAACUCUC